GCUCUACACGGGAUGGACCUCGCAGCAACACGGGAAGGGGGAAAGGCGGAGUGUUUGGGCGCCGUGUGCAGGACUUACCUGUGAAAAACUGUCUGUAAACAACACCUGGAUACAUUUUAGGGUGCGCGUGUCGGUUGCUGUUAAGUUUAAAGUGGACUGAAGGUUAUUCGUGCGCAGCUUGCUGGUCCCGGAGACAAAACAACGGACGGGAAUAUCCUAACUACCCCUCCACGAACUGUGUAUAUCACGCAGCCUCACUGCCAACAGCUGCUGUUUUAAUUCAUAUUUUUUAAUGGUGGUUUCGUGUCUUCUCGGAGGCGUUGACCCCCCAGUUAGUCGUUAUGUAAAGCCGACUUUAAAGCCUGAAGAACGGCGAGUUUUUCCCUCCUCCCUCCUGUUGUUGGAAGCUAGAGCUAGUUAGCUUUAGCCGCCUAGCAUCAAGGCCGUUUUUAUCCUUGUCGUCUGGUCAAUUUAUGAAUGUAAGUGACGCUUAAAGCUCUUUUAAAUCCACAUAAACCCGAGAAAGUGUCAUUUUAAUCCUACGUGGACUGUAAGGAUAUGGGGAAGCGUUGCUCAGCCUGCCGCACAUCUGUCACCGGGACACCCCGGGGAACAGCUGCCUUCACCGGCCAGUAGCAGCAGUCUGGUCGCUGGGAAAAAAAACACUGGGAAUAUAUCUUGUAUUAAAAUUUCCAGGCAUGUAGAAGAGGAUCAGCUGUGUGUUUUUUUUUUUUUAAAGCAGGAAAGACUCUUAUCUACUUUUUGAUUUAACCCAAUUAUAUACCUGAUAAACUGAUGUGUUACGUUCACCAGGGUGCGUUGGAGAAAAGCAUGAUUUAAGGCUUCCCUGAGCUCGUUCCCCGGCUCCUGGAGGUCACAGCUUUCACCUUCGUCUCCCUCCACUUCCCUGCCAACACCACCGUCUGAUCGGCUGAAAAGGACCCCCAAGUUGCAGUGAUGAACUACCAGCAGCACCUCGCCAACUCGGCCGCCAUCCGAUCCGAGAUCCAGAGGUUUGAGUCCGUCCAUCCCAACAUCUACUCCAUCUACGAGCUGCUGGAGCGUGUGGAGGAGCCACUGCUGCAGAACCAGAUCCGGGAGCAUGUCAUUGCGAUUGAAGAUGCGUUUGUGAACAGCCAGGAGUGGACACUGAGCCGAAGUGUACCAGAACUGAAAGUGGGCAUUGUGGGUAACCUGGCCAGCGGUAAGUCGGCGCUGGUCCACAGGUACCUGACGGGAACGUACGUGCAGGAAGAGUCGCCUGAAGCUGACGUGGAUGCAGGCGGACGAUUCAAGAAGGAGAUCGUGGUGGACGGCCAGAGUCACCUGCUGCUCAUCAGGGAUGAAGGAGGCCCCCCCGAGGCUCAGUUUGCAUUGUGGGUGGAUGCCGUGAUCUUCGUCUUCAGUCUGGAGGAUGAGAUCAGCUUCCAGACGGUUUAUCACUACUUCAGCCGCCUCGCCAACUACAGGAACACUGCCGACCUGCCGCUGGUCCUGGUUGGCACGCAAGACGCCAUCAGCUCAGCCAACCCGAGAGUGAUCGACGACAGCCGGGCCAGGAAGCUCUCCAACGACCUCAAACGCUGCACCUACUACGAGACGUGCGCCACCUACGGCCUCAACGUGGAGCGGGUCUUCCAGGACGUGGCCCAGAAGAUCGUGGCCACCAGGAAGAAGCAGCAGCUGUCCAUCGGGCCGUGCAAGUCGCUGCCCAACUCGCCGAGUCACACGUCCGUCUGCGCCACGCAGGUGGCAGCCGUCCACAUCAGCCAGACGAGUAAUGGCGGAGGCAGCCUGAGCGACUACUCUUCGUCGGUGCCGUCCACGCCGAGCACCAGCCAGAAGGAGCUCCGCAUCGACGUGCCGCAGCCCGCCAACACGCCCACGCCCGUCCGCAAGCAGUCCAAGCGCCGAUCCAACCUGUUCACCUCGAGGAAGGCGAGCGAGCCCGACAAGGACAAGAAGGGCCUGGAGGCUCGGGCCGACAGCAUCGGCAGCGGGCGCGCCAUCCCCAUCAAACAGGGCAUGCUGCUGAAGAGAAGCGGUAAAUCCCUCAACAAGGAGUGGAAGAAGAAGUACGUGACGCUGUGUGACAACGGACUGCUCACCUACCACCCCAGCCUGCAUGACUACAUGCAGAACGUGCACGGUAAGGAGAUCGACCUGCUGAGGACCACGGUGAAGGUGCCGGGGAAGAGGCCGCCGCGCGCUGUCUCCACCUGCGCCGCGCCGGUGCCCAAAACCAACGGCCUGGCCAAGGACAUGAGCAGCCUGCAGCUCGGACAGACUCCAGGUUCGGUGUCCAGCAGCACGUCUGCGUCUCAGAUGGCGAGCGGGGUCAGCUUGGUGUCUUUCAACAACCGCGGUGGUGACGGGAUGCACCAGCGCUCCUACUCCGUCUCCAGCGCCGACCAGUGGACCGACGCCACCGUCAUCGCCAACUCGGGAGUCAGCACAGACACUGGUCUGGGCGACUCGGUGUGCUCCAGUCCCAGUAUCUCCAGCACCACCAGUCCCAAGAUGGAGCCUCCUCCCUCUCCACACGCUAACCGUAAGAAGCACCGGAGGAAGAAGAGCACCAGCAACUUCAGAGCAGACGGCCUCUCUGGUACUGGAGAAGAACAAGAGGAGAACUUUGAGUUCACCAUCGUGUCGCUGACGGGCCAGACGUGGCACUUUGAAGCCACUUCGUACGAGGAGCGGGACGCCUGGGUUCAGGUCAUCGAGAGCCAGAUCCUCGCCAGCCUGCAGUCCUGCGAGAGCAGCAAGAACAAGUCUCGUCUGACGAGCCAGACGGAGGCGCUGGCUCUGCAGUCCAUCAGAAGUAUCCGUGGAAACGGUCGCUGUGCCGACUGUGACGCACAGAACCCGGACUGGGCCAGUCUGAACCUCGGGGCCCUGAUCUGCAUUGAGUGUUCGGGGAUCCACAGGAACCUGGGCACGCACCUGUCCCGUGUGCGUUCCCUGGACCUGGACGAGUGGCCCCUGGAGCUCAUCAAGGUCCUGUCGGCCAUCGGCAACGAGCUGGCCAACAGCGUGUGGGAGGCCAACGCACAGGGGCGCCUCAAACCGGCUCCGGACGCCAGCAGGGAGGAGCGCGAGCGCUGGAUCCGGGCGAAGUACGAGCAGCGCCUGUUCGUGGCGGCGUUGCCCGGCAACGAGCUGUCUCUGGGCCAACAGUUGCUACGGGCGACCGCCGAGGAGGACCUGCGCCUCGUGGUGCUGCUGCUCGCCCACGGGUCCCGACAGGAAGUCAACGAGACCUGCGGCGACGGAGACGGACGCAACGCGCUGCACCUCGCCAGCCGCAAGGGCAACGUGGUCGUCACACAGCUGCUCAUCUGGUACGGUGUGGACCUGAUGGCGAGGGAUGCCCACGGUAACAGUGCGAUGGCGUAUGCGCGACAGGCCAGCAGCCAGGAGUGCGUGGACACGCUGGCUCAGUACGGCUGCCCCGACGAGCGCUACCCGCUGAUGGCCACGCCCAACCUGUCUCGCCGAAACACCAACCGCAACAACAGCUGCAGCAGCGCCGGCAGCGCCGCGCUCAUAUGACCGGCACCACUUUGGGAGAGCUUUUUCAUUUUUGGGGAACCACUUUUUUUCCGGGUUGUGAUCCGUGUUCACCUCACCUGACAUCACCAGGGCUGUGUGCUCCGAUUUGAAGAAACUUCUCAGUCGACUUAACACUCGUUCGUUCGGUCGGUCGUACCGACUGAUCGAUUGGUCGAUUUCAAUCGACAGAUCUGUAAAUUCUGAGUUUCUCCGUCG